AUGGCCGAUGCUCUGGACCCUGCUGAAUUGCAGGCUAAAGCUUUGAAUCAAACAUUUGGAGACUCAUUUGACCCACAAAGGGAACCAUCGGAAGAGAACCACAUCAUUCGAGGAUCGCGAAGAAAGAGACAAUUUGAGGCUAAGUUACUACUGCAAAUGAUGGAAAUUGACAGAGAGGACACUUUCACUAUUAUGGGAGCCUGGGAAAAAUUCCUGCGGGUGGCAUCUGAUACCGGUUCAGCGGAUGAAAUCAAGACCUUUGAUGAGUGA